GUGACAAGUGCAGCUUCAUUAUAUUCAGGUCAUAAACAUUUGUUUCUGCCUUUUUAAUAGUGUAAAUAAAAUAUGGUUCAGUUCAAAAGGUCUUGGGUGUUGUCAACUUGUUUUCUAUCUGGAGCUGCCAGUAUAAUUUCUUUUGUUUCCCUUUUCACUCAAGGAUGGAUAAACUUUGAUGGUCGAUUUUCAUCUCAGGGAGAUAGUGACAAUACAUUAUCAACGUUCAAUUAUGGUCUUUUUGGCGGAACGUACUAUCAGCGAUAUGGAAGUGAGAUAGCUGUGGACAUUACAAUGACUUGUGCUUACUCUCAUAAUAUAUGCGCUCUUCUCUGCGCAAAAAAUUCCGAUAUGAGAAGUAAACUAUUGGAUGAUUUAUAUGAUGGAACAUUGACUUCUUGGAAUGUAAGAGAGUGUCCACAAACUACUUCAUUGACGGUACUAAGGGAAAAAGAGAUGAAAGUGAGGACUGCUAGAUUAAUAUAUGAUUCAAAAGAGGAAAGAAUAUUCCUUAAUGCCUACGCCUAUUUGUUUACGGUGAUAUUCCUUAUAAUAUCAUGCCUACUAGGUGUGUUCAGCGCGGGAAUAUCGGUAUGGAAUACCGCUUCUAAUCCUAUUGAAGUAUAUUUCAACAUUUUCGGUCUUUACAUCUACAACGGUGUAGCAUUUGGAAGUUUGCUGAUUGCUGUAAUGAUUUGGGGGAUCAUGUUUUGUAGUACUUUGGCCGACCACCCUGGAUUCAUCUUAUCUAUUAUGGGAACAUUACUUACUGAUGGAGUGUCACUAGGAUGGUCCUACUGGAUCAAUAUGGCCUCUCUUUUAUUAUACGCUACUUCAAUAGGUUUGCUGUAUUUUAGAAGUGUCCUCCUAUCAAGGGAACCACAAUUGAAAGUGGAAAUUGAAGACAACGCACCAGCUGGUAUUCUUUUGUUCUAGAGUAACAAAAAUAAUUUUGUGAUAAUUUGAUGAAAUAUAAGAAUUAUUUAUUAGUUUUA